AUGGCGGCGCAGGCGGGUGAAGAUGCCUGGAGGUGUCAGGGCUGUGGAGACCACGUUGCUCCCAACCAGAGGUUGUACAGGACCGUCAGCGAAGCCUGGCACACCUCCUGCUUCCGGUGUUCUGAGUGCCAGGAUUCCCUCACCAACUGGUACUACGAGAAGGAUGGGAAGCUGUACUGCCACAAGGACUACUGGGGGAAGUUUGGGGAGUUCUGCCACGGAUGCUCUCUGCUGAUGACGGGGCCCGUCAUGGUGGCCGGGGAGUACAAGUACCACCCAGAGUGCUUCGCCUGUAUGAGCUGCAAGGUGAUCAUUGAGGAUGGGGACGCAUAUGCCCUGGUGCAGCACGCCACCCUCUACUGUGGGAAGUGCCACAACGAGGUGGUACUGGCACCCAUGUUUGAGAGGCUGUCCACGGAGUCCGUCCAGGACCAGCUGCCGUACUCCGUCACACACAUCUCCAUGCCGGCCACCACCGAAGGCAGGCGGGGCUUCUCCGUGUCCGUGGAGAGUGCCUGCUCCAACUACGCCACCACUGUGCAAGUGAAAGAGGUCAACCGGAUGCACAUCAGUCCGGACAACCGCAAUGCCAUCCACCCCGGGGACCGCAUCCUGGAGAUCAACGGGGCCCCCGUACGCACACUCCGCGUGGAGGAGGUGGAAGACGCCAUCAGCCAGACGAGCCAGACGCUGCAGCUCCUGAUCGAGCAUGACCCUGUCUCCCAGCACCUGGACCAGCUGCGGCUGGAUGCACGGCUCUCUCCCCGCGCGCAGAAUGACAGACACGUGCACACCCUCAGCCCCCUGGACACCAAGGAGAACCUGGAGGGGACACUGAGGAGACGCUCCCUGAGGCGCAGUAACAGCAUCUCCAAGUCCCCCGGCCCCAGCUCCCCCAAGGAGCCGCUCCUGCUCAGCCGUGACAUCAGCCGCUCAGAGUCCCUGCGCUGCUCCAGUAGCUGCUCACAGCAGAUCUUUCGGCCCUGCGACCUGAUCCACGGCGAGGUCCUGGGGAAGGGCUUCUUCGGGCAGGCCAUCAAGGUGACGCACAAAGCCACAGGCAAAGUGAUGGUCAUGAAGGAGCUGAUCCGGUGUGAUGAGGAGACGCAGAAGACGUUUCUAACUGAGGUGAAGGUGAUGCGCAGCCUGGACCACCCCAACGUGCUCAAGUUCAUCGGCGUGCUGUACAAGGACAAGAAGCUGAACCUGCUGACGGAGUACAUCGAGGGGGGCACGCUGAAGGACUUCCUGCGCAGCGCGGACCCGUUCCCCUGGCAGCAGAAGGUCAGGUUUGCCAAGGGCAUCGCCUCGGGAAUGGCCUAUUUGCAUUCCAUGUGUAUCAUCCACCGGGAUCUGAACUCGCACAACUGCCUCAUCAAGCUGGACAAGACCGUGGUGGUGGCUGACUUCGGGCUGUCACGGCUCAUAGUUGAGGAGAGAAAAAAGCCCCCCGUGGAGAAGGCCACCGCCAAGAAGCGUACCUUACGCAAGAGCGACCGCAAGAAGCGCUACACGGUGGUGGGGAACCCCUACUGGAUGGCCCCCGAGAUGCUGAACGGAAAGAGCUACGACGAGACCGUGGACGUCUUCUCUUUUGGGAUCGUCCUCUGUGAGAUAAUCGGGCAGGUGUAUGCAGAUCCUGACUGCCUGCCCCGAACACUGGACUUCGGCCUCAACGUGAAGCUCUUCUGGGAGAAGUUUGUGCCUACAGACUGUCCCCCAGCCUUCUUCCCCCUGGCCGCCAUCUGCUGCAGACUGGAGCCUGAGAGCAGACCGGCAUUCUCCAAGCUAGAGGACUGCUUUGAGGCACUGUCCCUAUACCUGGGGGAGCUGGGCAUCCCUCUGCCCGCAGAGCUGGAGGAGCUGGACCACACCGUGAGCAUGCAGUACGGCCUGAUCCGAGACUCGCCUCCCUAG